AUGGCAUCGAAUGAACCACCACGGUUCGACGAUUCUGAAGAUGAGGAAGACUUCAACCCUGCUCCCGCUGACCUGUCGGAUGAAGAACCCGCAGGCAAUGACGAUGAAUCGCCGCGUAAACCACACUCCAACGAUAGCGAUGAAGAAGAUGGCGAAAAGGUAGCACGCGGUAGUCGCCGAAGUGGUGAGGAGGAUGCCGACCAGAAUGAUGAAGAUGGUGAAGACAGAGACCAAGAUGAGGAUGAGGAUGACGACGAUGACGAUGAUGAUGAGGAUAUCCAGCAGGGUCAUCGUAGAAAACGACGCCGAGAUCGACGCAACGCCUUCUUCGAUAUUGAAGCCGAAGUUGAUGACGAGGAUGAGGGAGAAGACGAAGAAAAGGAUGGGGAGGAAAUUGAAGACUUCAUCGACAACGAACACCCUGACGACAUUGCUGAGAGUGCCCGACUCGACGAUGACCGAAGGCAUCGCGAACUGGACAGACGCCGUGAGAUGGAAGCUAGCUUGGAUGCUGAAAAACAAGCAGAGAUCCUCCGCCAGCGAUACGGAAAUAGACGACCAGCCAAGGGCUUCGGGGAUUCUGCUGUUGUACCAAAACGUCUCCUGCUUCCCAGUGUUGAUGACCCUAGCAUUUGGGCUGUCAGGUGUAAGGAAGGCAAGGAGCGUGAGGUUGUCUUAUCCAUUAUGAAGCGUAUUGAAGAGCGAAUUGGGACAAAGGAUGAGCUGGCUAUUACAGCUGCAUUCGAAAGAGGCGGUGCCCAAUCCGUCAUGAAAGGCUUCAUCUAUGUCGAGGCACAACGCCAGACUGACAUUCUUGUCGCCUUGGAUGGCAUGUUGAAUGUCUACCCUCGCUCGAAAAUGACCCUGGUGGACAUCAAGGAUAUGCCAGAACUCUUGCGAGUCACAAAAACUCCAACGCUAGAGCCUGGUGCAUGGGUACGACUUCGUCGCCCAGCGAAGCAUGGUGGAGACCUGGCUCAAGUCCUUGAUGUUACAGAAAAUGGCUUGGAAGCCAGAGUGCGUUUUAUUCCUCGGUUAGACUAUGGCAUGCGGGAUGAAGCGCUGUCCAGUACAUCGUCAGAUGGCAAACGGAAGAGACCAGGGGCUGCUGGUCCUCGCCCGCCGCAAAGACUGUUCAGUGAGAUAGAGGCUCGUAAGCGACAUCCACGCUACAUUCAGGGUAACCCUUCGACGAAUACUUGGUCUUACAUGGGCGACGAAUUCGAGAACGGUUUUCAGGUCAAAGACGUCAAGAUUCAACAACUGGUUGUGACGGACGUGAAUCCAUCCUUGGAAGAGGUCACGAGGUUUGCUUCCGGUGCUGAGGACGGUACGGAGAACCUGGAUCUCAAGGCACUUGCUGCUAGCUUGAAGGACAGCAAUACGCUCGUGACCUACCUUCCUGGUGACAUUAUCGAGGUGUAUUCUGGUGAACAAAAGGGUGUAGUAGGCAAGGCUACAAACGUCCAGGGUGACAUCGUCACCAUGUCCGUCACGGAAGGCGAUCUUGAGGGACAAACAAUCGAAGUACCGAUCAAAGGCUUGCGCAAACGGUUCAAAAUUGGUGACCACGUCAAGGUCAUCGGUGGCAGUAAAUUCCGUGAUGAGGUGGGAACUGUCGUAAAGAUAUCUGAGGAUCGUGUUACUCUCUUGACAGAUCAAACAAAUACCGAGGUGACAGUCUUCAGUAAAGAUCUGCGAGAAGCAAGUGACAUUGGUGGACAAGGAUCACUUGGUCAGUUUUCGCUCCAUGACUUGGUUCAAUUAGAUCCAACGACUGUUGGAUGCAUCGUCAAAAUCGACAGGGAAUCACUUGUUGUGCUAGACCAGUAUGGCGAUACAAGACAGCUCAUGCCAUCUCAGAUCUCCAACAAACUCCCUAAGCGAAAACAGGCUGUCGCGGCGGAUCGGGAGGGCUCGGAGAUCCGACUGGAUGAUGUUGUCAAAGAAUUUACGGGCCAACAUAGACAGGGCAAGAUCAUUCAUAUUCACAGGUCUUAUGUCUUCUUACACACAAACGACAGCAACGAGAAUGCGGGUGUUUUUGUCACCAAAUCGAGUAUGGUUAAUACCGUUGCUGCGAAGGGUGGGCGCGUCAAUGCAGCAUCAUCUGGUCCGGAUCUAAGCGCCAUGAAUCCGGCCUUGAAGAUACACAAGAAUGGUGGAAAUAGCAAGCCCUCUCAACCUGUUAAGAUGUUUGGCCGGGAUCGUGCCAUCAACCAGACUGCCAUUAUUAAAAAGGGACCCUAUAAGGGCCUUCUUGGUAUUGUCAAGGACACCACCGAUACUCAUGCUCGAGUGGAACUGCAUACGAAGGGCAAGACAAUCACAGUUCCGCGUGAUUCGCUGAGCUUCAAGGACAAGACCACGGGCGCUACUAUUGAUAUUAAUGGCAGAGGGCGUGGUGCCCCUGGUGGUGGUUUUGCACGCGGUGGUGGCGACAAAAUACCUGGCUGGCAGGGAGGAUCGCGGACGCCAAUUGGCACAGGCAGUUCUGAUCGAGUUCCUGCUUGGGGCUCACGCACACCCGCUGCUGGUGGACGGACUCCGGCUUGGAAGGCUCAGGAUUAUUCUGGCUCACGGACUCCAGCGUGGGCUGAUGGCUCACGAACUGUGAACCCUUACGAUGGUAGCCGUACGGCAUAUGGCUCGGGAUCCCGAACGCCCGCAUGGCAGUCCGGGGCACGUACUCCUGCUGUCGGCGACGCUUUUGGGGCCGGUUCGCGAACACCGGCUUAUGCUGGGGGUGGCGCCGAUGGUUGGGCAUCAGGAUCCAAGACACCGGCAUGGGGAGCAUCGGCACCUACUCCGGGGGCCAGCGGUAACGAUUCUUGGGGUUAUACUCCCGGGGCAACUACCGGGGCGUAUGACGCCCCAACCCCUGGUGCAGCUAUUGGUGCCCCUACUCCAGGCGCAAUGAAUGCUCCAACUCCUGGUGCAUAUUCCGCUCCAACUCCUGCGGCUAGUGCGCCAACUCCUGGUGGCGGAUGGCAGGGCGGCUGGGGCCCAGAAUCGGCUCCGACUCCUGCGGCCGCUGCCCCGACGCCCGGUGCAAGUGGUUACUACGGUGCCCCGACUCCGGCCGCAUAUGGUGGUGCUCCUGAAACUCCAGCGGCCAGUGGGCCAAGGUAUACAGAUGACGAUUGA